AUGUCUAGUUCACCAAUUUCAGGACCACCAUCUAUUAUAAAUACACCAUCGAUGACGAUAACAUCAACAUCAACACUAUCACAACAACCAUCAGCACCACAAUUGCAAGAUUUACAAUAUCAAUCACAAAUCAACAGUCCCUACUCACAUUUGGCACCUAAACCAACAGGCGGUCCAUUGCCACCACCAUCAUCAAAAGAUUACCCAUCGAUGUUCUACCCACAGCAAUCACAACUACCACCACAACAAACAACACAACCAUUACAAUAUAUGCCACAGCCAAAUGGUGCAGGCUACUAUCACUACCCACCACGACCAUCGACCUACAUGUUUGGUCAACCAAUCUAUCAGAACUCACCCUAUCAAUACCCAAUGCAACAACCACUUCCACCACAACCAUCGAGUUACUUCUACAACUAUCCAUUGGCAUCCUCACAACAACAACCACAACCAAUGAUGUCAUCGACCAUUGGCUCACCUAUCACCAUCACGACAACAGCCAAUCCCAAUGGAAAGGUUCCACUGCAAACCAAGAAUUCGAUUCCACCCGAAUUCCAACAUAUAUUACUACACACCAAUCUCACUGACUCUGAAAUAUCAUCACAUUCAUUUGCACAAGUCAAACGUCAAGUUGGUACCAUCAACAAAGGUUUAAAGAUUAAAUAA